AUGAAUUCGAUUACAUACCACCCCGGGUUACGAAACCACCCGAACUUUAGAUACGAGAAUCCAUCAAAUCAAGCCAACCCGAAUUUUCAAGGAAGUCAAGGUAACUUUGUUCCACGCCAACCGUUUAAUAAUCAAGGUGGGUAUCGAGGCGGGAACAACCAAGGGUUUCAAAGACAAUACCAAACGGGUCAAGAGCAUGGUGUGUCUUCGGGUGGAAACAAACUGAUGGAGAUGUUAAAGGCGAAGCAAAUAGAAAUGCAAAAGAGAAAUCAAAUGGACGAUGCUCGCAUUCAAAAGGAUGAGAUCCGUGAAAAAGCAAUUCAAUCUUUGACUACCCAAAUGGGUCAACUCGCAACCGAAGUGGCGGACUUGAAAAAAGAAUUGUGUACCCAAAAGAAGCAACAAAAAGUGCCUAAAUGGGUCAAUUUAACUGAACGGGUAAGUGCGGUUUUAAAGGGAGAUCUUACUCCUAAGCUACAAGAUCCGGGAAUGCCCCUUAUUAAUAUUCAAGUUGGAAAUUUUCAAAUGGCAAGGGCGUUACUUGAUCUUGGAGCCGGAGUAAGUAUUCUACCGGGGGGCUUGUACGACCAAUACGAUUUUGGUCCACUAAAGCGGGUUCAGACAAUGGUUCUUUUAGUCGAUUUGUCUCAUAAGCUUCCUCGGGGUAUUGUGCAGGAUGUUAUUGUGAAAGUUGAUGAACUUUAUUAUCCGGUCGAUUUUCUUGUUUUAGACUACUCAUUCGCGGACCCAAUUCAACAACAAAAUGUUAUUUUUGGUCGGCCAGUUUUGAACACCGCUCAUGCCGUAAUUGAUUGUCGAUAUAGUACGGUUGACAUGGCAUUCGGUAAUAGAAAGAUGAGAUUAAAUGUUUUUACUCACGGGUCUAGUUCUUUUGGUGGUGAUGAGUGUUUCUUAGCAGAUAUCAUUGACGGAUGCGACCCGCAUGAAUACGAGGAAGAUAUGUUGGAACCCUGUGUUUAUGAUUGUUCUUUGCAGGUAUAUAUGUGUGCAUUGAGGUUGGAAGAAAAGGAGCAAGAGGCUCUAGUGGUCAAGGAAGGAAGGCCGCCAUGGACCCACCAAGUCGAGAAUUUACCGGUGGAGAUUGAUUCGGGUACAAAGCCUUCGUUAGAGUGUACACCACAAGUGGAGUUGAAGGAGUUACCAAAGCACUUGAAAUAUGCAUUUUUUGGGGAACAAUGA